GAACAGAUUUUGAAUUUACUUUCAAAUGUCAAAUAUCUUACAAAUCAACACCAUGUCACUCGAAAACACCGAUUCUCACAACGAUAACAUGGCUCCUGUCAAUGAUAAAACAGCUGAUGAGGAAGUCCAAUUUGUCAUUAAUCCGCCCCUUCCACGAAUAAAUAAUUCCAUUGGAGACACUCAAGCCUUUCAUAGGUUUGGUGACUUGGCUCGUGAGUUGCAAUUGAAGAUAUUCAGACAUGCGAUACCAGCCCCGCGCGUCGUUCGAUGAGAGAAAGGAGCUCCUUUGCGUUAUUAUUGGCCCAUAUCCGACAGCCCCUAUCCACUAUUCGAUGAAUGGAGAUUUUUGGGUCUGGAAUCCUUAUUUCAAGCUGACUCGGUUUCCAAUGCAUCAGUAAAUCUUGAAUAUGUCAAGAUUAAGUCUGAGCGUGGACAAGGCAAAGCCCCCCCCUUAGAACUGGAGGUGGAAGCAUUAUACUUUUAUGCGGCCGAUCAGGAUAUUAUUCUCAUACAUUUCACGGGUCUGGUUAGGUUGUAUCGAAAUGGCGGAUCAAUCA